UGAGAACAUAAUUUGGAAAGCAUUUAGUCCAACAACCAUUAAUAGUGGCCGUGGAGCUGAAUUUGAAGGUGCUGUUAUUGCUUUGUUCCAUCUGCUGAUAACACGAACAGAUAAAGUUCGUGCACUCCGGGAGGCUUUUUAUCGGCAGAAUCUUCCAAAUGUUACAAAUCUGCUGGCCACGGUCUUGAUAUUCCUGAUUGUUAUCUACUUCCAAGGGUUCCGUGUUGUUUUGCCUGUGAGGUCAAAGAAUGCUCGUGGGCAGCAGGGCUCUUACCCUAUCAAGCUGUUUUACACCUCUAACAUGCCCAUCAUUUUGCAGUCUGCUCUUGUCUCCAACCUAUACUUCAUCUCUCAGUUGCUAUACAGAAGGUAUAGUGGUAAUUUCUUUGUGAAUCUUUUGGGCAAGUGGAAGGAGUCCGAAUAUUCUGGUGGUCAGUUUAUCCCUGUUGGUGGUAUUGCAUAUUAUAUCACUGCACCUUCCAGCUUGGCCGAUAUGGGUGCCAAUCCUUUCCAUGCCUUGUUCUAUCUCGUGUUCAUGUUAUCUGCAUGUGCACUGUUCUCGAAGACUUGGAUUGAAGUUUCUGGCUCAUCUGCUAGAGAUGUUGCCAAGCAACUCAAGGAACAACAAAUGGUUAUGCCUGGGCAUCGGGAGUCAAACUUACAGAAGGAGCUUAACCGAUACAUACCAACAGCCGCAGCAUUUGGCGGCAUGUGCAUUGGUGCAUUGACAGUGUUGGCAGAUUUUAUGGGGGCUAUUGGAUCAGGGACUGGAAUUCUUCUUGCAGUUACCAUCAUUUAUCAGUACUUUGAAACUUUCGAGAAGGAAAAAGCUAGCGAACUUGGCUUCUUUGGUUUCUAAACUUGAAACUUCUUUCUUUUGGGUUUAAGGAAUGGUUGGUAGUGCAGACGAGCUUCCAGGCAAUUUUGGUGAAACUGAGAGAUGUACUGUAUGUAGAGUCCUCCUUUUACUACCAAAAUUCGGGUUAAAACUAGGGUAGUUUGUUAGUGCUGUUUUUAAACAUUGUGAGAUGUCACAAAUCAUUGACACAUUGAAGGAUAUACACACUUUUUUGGCUAGCUUUUGAUUUUGCAAUGUUGAUACUGGAUCUGCCUGAUUCUUAUUUAGAUGGAUUCUCAUGACAAGUUCAAAGAGUACUGAAGUGAAGCAACAUGGAUCUCUUUGGUAUCGUUGAAGGAAACCUACUGGGGAUUUCCUGUUGCAAUUGCGCAAUGUGAUAGAAGUUAUUCCCAUCUGCAAUAUUCAUGUUGCUAUAUGUUAUAAUGUCAAGGGUAGUUUAGUAUCUUACACUUCAAUCUGUUUUGAUGAUCUUGUGGAGUGCAUUUUGUUUAAUUCAAUAGAGAAUCAAGUGCAUGUA